GCAACCUCCACGUGGUAAGAUCUGGGUCGGUAUUACUUGCGAUUCCAUCGAUCAUCUAAAUCUAAAUUAUGUGACGCAAGUACUACCGGGCGAAUGGCUGCAUAAUUCAGUGCGUUUCUAAAACGUUUGUCUUUUUUCUUCUUUUUAAUUGUAUUAAAAAAUUAUAAUUCUAAAUUAUCACAUGUUGUUAAUGUUAAUUUCUUACUUAAUUAAACGUACUGGAUAUCUUAUAAUUAGAAUUUCAAUGAUUUUGAAUUUUAUUUCCAUCAAAAGUUAUAUUAUGAUAGCAAUGAAUAGGAUUGGGAUAAAGUUAUCAGCUGUUACUAAUGCAUAGGAAGUUUUCAAUAAAAUUGAAAUCCUCUGUAGCGUAUUGAUAACUUUGAAAUAGAUAUACAACUGUGAGUUACGCAUCUGAAAUAUUAAUCUCUGCUUUUAUUCUCCGAUUUUAUAUCUUUAUUAAUCAUCGCUUGGCGGUUGCGAAAAGAGAAAUUCGUUUUUCCUAAUAGAAUAUUUAUCCAAUCUAUAUUUCUGCGAAUCACUUUAUACGUAUCGCCAAUAUUCCGAAGUUUGAUUUAUUGGCUUGAUUGACAAAUAAUUACCAUUUUAUUGUAACAAAAUUUUAUAAUUUAUUAGAAUACAACGGUAUUUUUAUUUAUAAAUUAAUGAAUUCAAUAUUUUAUAUUAUUAAUCUUAUCAUUUUAUACAGCUGUUGGAUUAAUUCUUAUAAGAAUUUAUGAUGAUUAUCUAUUUAUCUAUGAAUUCGUUAGAUUUUAGAAGAGAUAGAAAAAAAACUUUUAUUCGAUAAAAUGUGAAAUAUUUUAUUAUAGGUAGCGUUGUCGUAAAAAUAAUUAGGUUUUUUUUUCUUUUUUUUUUUUUUUUUUUUUUUUUUUUUUCUUUUUCAUGCAACAUUUAUUCUUGAGACAAUACUCGUUCGUCAUUUCAUAUAAUCACAAGAUUAGGAUCAGAUGGAGCAAAAGGGGGAUGGGGUAAGGGGGUGACUUUGGAAUGAGAGGAUGAGAAGCAGGUUUAAACGCUAAGUGGUCGUACGUUGGUAAUUCAGGCAUGCGCUCGUAAGGUGGCGGCUGGUUUAACCUGGUGAGGGUUUCGCAAGAGGGCGAAGGAAGAAGAAUCAAGGACGAGAAGGCGGCGGCGGCGGGAGUACGACAAGAGUAAAGCGAGUAAGCACGCGCGCGCAGCCCUGAUGUGUUAAAAGGGAGUUGUGUGCUCGCAAUACGAUGCUGUGGUACCCUCGUUCUCGUUGAAAUCGCCUCAGUUCAUUCGCGACUCUCUUGACACGAGGGUGAAUGAAAAACACCGGAUUAUUAUCAUCAUCAUCAUCUAUCUUGUCGUUCGAUGGAGACGAUAUUAACGGAGAAAACAGUAUUAAGAAAAGUCAUUGAUCAAUCGGCGUAGAUUAGAAUUUUUGAAAUUAUUCAAAGGGAUGAUGAUAAAGAAUAUUACGAUGCCAGUGAAGAUGGAUAUCCUAAGGAAGCUGAUUCAACCUAAAUUGAAGCUCGUCCUAUUUGCGUUGAUUUUUUAUAUGGACACAGCUCUGGCCGGAAGUUGCAGUGCUGCGAAGCUUUGUUGUCAAGGAAGAGACUCCGGUUGUGUCAUACAAAAGGAAUCACCUAAUGCCAUUAUCGAGAGUCCACGAGACAAACCGUGUUAUUGCGAUCACGCGUGUCUCAAACUCGCUGAUUGUUGUGACGAUUUCAAGGAAACUUGUGGCGUCGUAGAUUGCAUAGUGAACGAAUGGAGCGAGUGGUCGGCAUGCAACACCGGAUGCGGUAGUGGAAUGCAAAAAAGAAGUCGCAGCGUACGGAUCUCGGAGAAAAACGGCGGGAAGCAUUGUCCUAGACUGGAUCAAAUCAGAAGCUGUCGAAGCUUUCAAUCUUGUCACUCUGGCAUUCUUCGUCCUCUACUUCACGACAGGAGUGUGACACUACUCUCCUUCUUACCUGGCGACUACAACGAUACAGAAGUUGGCAUUGGAAAUGAAAUAUCCAGAAUGAGCCAGAGAUGUGUCGCCUUCACCAUCGUGCGUGCCUCUAGAGCUUGCAAACGGAUAUCUUCUUUCUUGGCCGAAGGUACGAGAAUAUGCGUUGAACAACACGAGGAUGACGAGGAGGAUGAGGAUGAGGAAAGUGAGGAGGGAAAAGGAGGUGGUGGUGGUGGUGUAGUAGUAGUAGUACUAGUAGAGGUAGAAGAGGAAGAGAUGGUAGAAGAGGGAACUUGCUCGUGGGUAUUGGCAGAUGGAAACUAUCGACGUCCGUCGACGGCGGAAGUGCUGCUAGAACGGCGAUGAAUUCGAGCUGCCACGGGAAAUGGAUAGGCGAUUCAAGGCUCCUCAUCGAUUGCGACGAUCCAAGUUGUGGAGAAACCACGACGACGCGUCUACGAGUUUCUAGACGCCUACGGAGAAGCUUGGAAACUCGAGAUGAUCUAAAUGAGGAUUAUGAUGACAUGGAGGAUGAUUUUAGGUGGACCAAACCAGUCGGAGAAAGAUUCAGAAGGUGGAGGAGAAGUAGACGACGAAAGAGGAGCAGAAGAAGAAGAAACGACGAACUUCUUAAAUCUUAAUCACGAUAAUGAUGAUGAUGAUGAUGAUGAUGAUGAUGAUGAUGAUUUUUUAUUUUCUUUUUUUAUAAUAUUUCUCUUUUUUUUUGUCCAAGUGAUUUUCGUUUCUUUCCUCCGCACUUUCUGUUCUUUCUUCUUUGUCCCUUCGUGAUAUUUUUUUUCCUCUUCAACAGUGUUUGUUGAACGCCUAAAAGUUCCCAUUCCAAACGAAGUUUUGUCCUUAGAAUAAUUAAUUGUCAUUGUUUUCUUUCGUUCUAAUUAACUAAAAAAUACUAUUUACGAUACGAACACUAAGAUAAAGAUAUCUCUUUGUCGAUAUGGAAAUUUAUGAAGAAAUUGAGUAUAUAAAUAAAUGAAUAAAUAAUUGAGUGUACGAUCCUGAAA